AUGGCGGACGCAAGACACGGAGGCCGCGGCCAGUCUCGCGGGGGUCGUGGCAGAAGCGAUGGCGAGCGCGGCGGGCGCGGCGGGCGCGGCAGCUUUUCCGGAGGCCGAGGCGGUGAUCGUGAACGUCGUGGCGGUAGCUUUGCUGGAGGAGGCAGCGGCGAUCGUGGCCAUAGAGGUGGAAGGGGCGGCCGAGGCGGCUCCGUCCCUCGUCGUGACGCUUUCGAAAGCGAGCCAUGCACCUUCUACGGGCAAGGCUCAGUGAUACCUCAGCCCGACAUUAAGAUUACCGCCCUCGAAGACUCCCUCAUCAAGAGCUACCAGUCCAAGGACCAAGUCCUCGUCAAAAAGAUGGGCGUCCUCAAACUCACAGACUCUACUGUUUCUCUCAUGCCUCGUCGUCCCGCAUACGGCACCAAGGGAAAGCAGGUCAUCGUCUGGGCCAACUACUUCCGCGUGUCCAUCGAGCCCGCUGUGCUCUACCGGUACACUCUGGAGGUCCGCAGGGGCGAGAAUGCCAACGCUCCUCCCGACGACCCCAAGGGCAAAGGAAAAGAGCUUCAGCGCCUCGAGGCUGAGGCGGUCUUGGCAACCGAGUUCAAGUCCAAGCUCGUCUCCUCCAGUAAGUUGAAGCUUGCCAAGAACCCCGUGAUCAUCAAGUUCAGGAACGAAAACUCCACACGGGAGGAGCUUUACAACAUCAAGGUCGUCGGAGAGACCGAGGCCCCGUUGGCUGCCAUGGAUCGGUACCUCCGGACCAUGGUUGACCCAAGCGACCCUGACGAAGCGCACUUCCCUCGCUGCGAGGUCUCUGUCGAUGCCCUGAAUGUCGUCCUCGGCCACAGCCCAAGGAUGAACAAUCAGAUCACCGCCGUCGGCAAGGGUCGGUUCUUUCCGUGGGGUCCCGGCUCCGCUACGUCACGACUCGGCCAACAAGGUCCCCUCACAGCCAUCAGAGGAUUCUUUCAGAGCGUACGCCUUGGCACCGGUAGGACCUUAUUAAACGUCAAUGUCACUCAUGGCGUCUUCAAGACCGAUGUGCGGGUCAGCGAACUUUGCAAGUGGUUCGGCCUAGACGUAUUCGGUACCGGGAACAUCAACACGCACAACAACGCUCGAGCAACGUUGCGUACUUUGUCCAAUUUCCUCGCUAAAACCCGCGUGACUGUUCAGUUCCGCACUGCAGACGGCAAGGACGUCACUGCCAAGAGAGCGAUCCACAGCCUUGCGUGCAAAAACGGACUCGCAAGUCCUCCUGUCGGCAGCCUCGUCUUUUUCUCCCAGGGCUUCGUCUAUGGCGGCCCACGGGAGGUCAAGUUUCAGCUGGAUCCAGCAGAGGGCCAGAAAACGGUCUUGGGCAAAAAGCCGCCGGGUGCGUAUUCUGUCGAACAGUAUUGGCAGUGGAAGUACGGACAGGCUCCGGAUAAGAGCCUGCCUCUGGUCAAUCUCGGCACGGCUGACAAGCCCAUGUUCUUCCCGGCGGAGCGGUGCCUCAUUGCUGCGGGCCAGGCGGUUCGGUCCAAGCUCACUGGGGACGAGACUGCGGUGAUGCUUGACUUUGCCUGCCGCUCUCCCUUUGCCAACGCCAUCUCGCUCGAGCGCGACAGCGCGGCGGCGCUAGGUCUUGAUGAGUCGAUACUUGGGGAGUUUGGCAUCACGGUUGACAAGAGGCUAUUGACCGUAGCUGCCCGCGAACUGCCCGCCCCAAUGGUCACCUAUGCCAGCGCUAAGAACCUGCAAAGUCGCGGCGGCUCUUGGAAUAUGACUGGCGUAAAGUUUGCGAAGACAGGCCCCAGAAUCACCAACUGGAACUGGGUGCGCAUCGCCGAAGGUGACAACCCAAGCAUACCUAUCGACGAGGUUGCACGGUCCGUUCAGCAAUUCGUGGAAUUCCUCAACGCCAGUGGGGUCGCCGUUGAGACUCGAGCCCCGAAUACCGCCCAUCAGAUUACCGUCGGCCGCAGCACCGCCGCCGAGGAUAUCAAGAGAGCUUUCGCGGCUAUAGAGAGCUACACGACGAAGGCGAAGGGUAGCAUUAAGGGCUUCUUCCUGCUUGUGAUCCUGCCUAGGCAUGACGCCACACUCUACGGCGCUGUCAAAUCUCUCGCCGACGUCCAGUUUGGUUUUCACACCGUGUGCUCCGUGGAAAAGACGUUCAUCAAGAAUAACCUCCAGACUUUCGCCAACAUUGGUCUCAAGUGGAACCUCAAGAAUGGAGGCACCAACCAUAUAGUCAAGGAUACAAUCGAUAUUCUCACCUCAAAUCAGACCAUGAUUGUUGGCUACGAUGUCACUCAUCCGACGAACAUGUCCAACGACAAAAGUUCAGCGCCCAGUCUGGUCGGCAUGGUUGCCAGUGUUGACAAAGACUUGGGACAAUGGCCGGCCGUUGCGUGGGAGCAGCCUUCUCGUCAAGAGAUGCUCGGAGAGGAGCUUACAGAGAAAUUCAAGUCUCGCCUCUUGCUAUGGCGUCAGCGCAACCUAAGCAGACUCCCUCAGUUCAUCAUCAUCUAUCGCGACGGCGUCUCGGAAGGCCAAUUCGCCCAGGUCCUCACAACCGAGCUGCCCAUGAUCCGCAAGGCGUGUGACCAGCUCUACCCGCCCAAGCAGCGUCCGAAACUCUCCAUCAUCGUAUCCGUCAAACGUCAUCAAACGCGUUUCUACCCCACGUCUGACCAGAACAUGGACCAGAAGUCGCGCAAUAUCAAGAACGGCACAGUCGUCGACCGCGGUGUCACCCAGGCUCGUUACUGGGAUUUCUUCUUGACUGCCCACACGGCUCUCAAGGGGACCGCCCGCCCUGCCCACUAUACUGUGCUAAUGGAUGAAAUCUUCAGGGAGAAGUACGGUGUGGGUAACUCAGCUGCGGACCAGUUAGAGAAGCUCACGCAUAACCUCUGCUACCUUUCCGGCCGUGCCACCAAGGCGGUCAGUAUUUGCCCACCGGCCUACUACGCAGACAUCGUGUGUGAACGGGCUCGCGUUCAUCGUCCGGCUCUUUUUGACGUUUCGGACGUGGCAUCGACGACCACAAGCGCGUCCCAGCCCGUUGAACCUUCGAACAACGUUCAGGUGCAUUCGAACUUGCGAGACACGAUGUAUUAUAUCUGA